AUGUUGGACUGGAUAUUAUCGCAGAUAGAUACGUUCGAUAUUUUUAUUUUGGUCGUCUGUGCAGCAGUAACAGCUUAUUUCCUUAUAGGGAAAAAUUCUAAUAAUGAAAGAUACUCGCCCAAUGUUGUAUCGGUACAGCCAACGGCCAGUUCAUCCAAAGAUAAACCAGUUAUUGACCGCAUGAAGGAUGAAAAGAGACCUGUUCUCAUUAUGUAUGGAUCACAGACAGGAACUGCCGAAGAGUUGUCAGGACGUCUUUCUAAAGAUUUCGCUCGCUAUUCGCAGAAGGCUAUUGUACUAGAUCCCGAACUCUUUGAUACAGACGAUUUUGGAAGACUUACAGAAAUCGAGAAUUGCCUGCUCGUUCUUUGUAUGGCCACCUACGGAGAAGGAGAUCCAACUGAUAAUGCUCAAGGAUUAAUUGAAUUUAUUAAUAAUACUGAAGUAGAUUUGACUGGUGUUAGCUAUGCAGUGUUCGGUCUCGGUAACAAGACUUACGAACAUUUCAACGCUGUCGGAAUUGAAUUAGACAAGAGACUUGAAGACCUCGGUGCCAAAAGAGUAUUUGAACUUGGUCUUGGAGACGAUGACGCCAAUCUGGAAGAAGACUUUAUGAGAUGGCGCGAGGGAUUCUUGCCAAAGGUUGCUGAUCUCUUCAACUGGGAAGUCAACACGAACAUGGAGACCAUGAGACAAUACAGACUCGAACUAGUUCCCAAAGAAAAAGUCAUCCCAACCUUCCAUGGAGAAAUGGGUCGUCUGAAUGGCUUCGAGAAGUUAAGACCACCUUUCGAUAUGAAGAAUCCUUUCUAUUCAACUGUACUCACCAACAAAGAACUUCACAGUGAAUUGAGUGACCGUAGUUGUCGGCACAUUGAGUUUUCUACCAUUGAUGGUUUCCGCUACGAAGCUGGAGAUCAUUUGGCAGUAUUUCCAAAUAAUGACGAGAAAUUGGUUGACGAAAUAGUGAAUCUUUUGAACUUUGAUCCUAAUCAAGUUUUCCGUUUGAUCAACGUUGAUGAGGACUCUUCCAAGAGAAAUCCUUUCCCAUGUCCCACAACAUACAGAGAAGCUUUAGUCUAUUACGUAGACAUUUGUCAACCAAUUAAGAGUCACGUUCUCAAAGCCAUCAGCGAGUAUUGCACUGAUGAAACUGAAAAGAACAAUCUUCUGUUACUUUCGACUGCCAGCGAAGAAGGAUUGAAGAAAUAUAAUACUUAUGUUUGUAAAGAGCGUCGAUCAAUCGUUGAUAUCCUGAAGGAACAUCCAACAUGCAAACCUCCAAUAGAUUACCUCUUGGAACUUCUUCCUCGACUUCAAGCCAGAUACUACAGUAUCGCUUCAUCUCCAAAAGCUGAUAAUAAGAUUGUUGCCGUCUGUGCCGUCGUCACCAAAUACAAGAUCGGAGAGCGUCAAUUGAAAGGAGUUUGCACUAACUACCUUCUAGAUAAGCCUGAUGGAACCAGAGUUGCAAUUUAUGCCAGAAAGUCUACCAUGCGUUUACCUCAUCGCCAAAACACACCAGUCAUCAUGAUCGGACCCGGAACUGGUUAUGCUCCGUUCAGAUCUUUCAUUCAAGAAAGAGCUUUCCACAAGCAAAAUGGUCGUGAGACUGGAGAAAUGCAUUUGUACUAUGGUUGUCGUCACCCUGAUCAAGAUUACAUCUAUCAGCAAGAGAUCGAAGAGGCUGUCUCAGAAGGAGUGAUCACUCAAUUACAUUGUGCUUUCAGUAGAGCCCAAGACAAGAAAGUGUAUGUACAGGAUAAACUUUGGGAGUCCAAAGAAGCUGUUUAUAAAAUAAUUUCCGACGGCGGAUAUAUUUAUGUGUGCGGAGACGCGCGUUGUAUGGCCCGUGAUGUUCAAGCCACUCUUCUUCGGAUAUUUAGAGAAGAAGGUGGCAAGACUGAGCAAGAAGCUGCAGCUCUAUUCAAAGAUCUUGAAAAACAGCGUAGAUAUCAAGCUGAUGUCUGGUCAUAA